AUGUCUCAUCCUGUGGGCACUGUCGGCGCUUUUGUGAGCUGGUGGCUUAACAUCUUGGCUCCCGCGCUCGUCGGCCAAUCACAGGCCCCUCUCGACGUCACCCCAUCUCACUCACUCGCGCUCUCACCUCCGACUUCAACCUCACCAUCACAGCAUCAAUCUCACCACUCUCGCCAUCACUCUCGCAGACUCAACGCGGCCUCCACCCUCGCGCCACACGCCCAACCCACGAAAUGCCGCCAUGACAACCGCCGCGCGCAUCCACCCGCUCCUCCUCACCAUCCGCUUCUCCGCCUCCAUCCCCGACCUGGACCUCGACAUCCCAUCCCCGCAAACCACCACCGUCCUCGCCCUCAAGCACCUCCUCCGCACCCGUCUCGCCACCCGCAACCCCUCCGCCUCAUCUACCAGGGCCGCCUCCUCCCGGACUCGUCGGCGCUCAGCUCCGUCCUCAAGCCGCCGCCUCCCCCGCCGCCGCAGCCACCAUCAUCAUCAUCCAGCACCAGCGCCAAGGCCAAGGGCAAAGCCGUCGACGGCGCCCCCGCCAGGGUAUACGUCAACUGCUCCAUCGGCGAUGAGCUCGCCGCCCAGGAACUCGCCGCCGAGGAGGCCUCGGCCGCCAACCCGCCGCAGGAGGCGGGCCCGGAGCCGCCCACCAACCCGGCUGGGCGCACGCGGCCCCGGCCCAGGGGGUUCGACCGCCUGCUCCAGGCCGGCUUCACGUCGUCCGAGAUCUCCACCCUGCGCACGCAGUUCGCGUCCAUCCAGACGGAGAGGUUUACGCCCGACUCGGUGCCCUCGCCCGACGGCAUGAGGCGCCUCGAAGACGCGUGGAUCGACACCAACGCCGGCGAGCUGCCGAGCGCCGCGAGCCCGCUCGAGGACGAGCUGAGCAACAUGUCCACCGUGCUGGACGUGCUCAUCCGCGGCAUGAUGAUUGGCUUCUUCUUCCCGCUGGGGAGCAUCACGUGGUUGUUGAGGCAGGGCCUUUGGAGCGAGAAGUGGCAGAUCUUUGUGGGCUCCGGCGUCGUUUUGAGCGUCACGGUGGGCAUAGUCAUGGGUAUAUCGGGGGAGAGGUAG